UUGUUAAUGAUUUGUGCCACUCUCUCUCUGCCUGCACGCUGCCCCCUCAUCACUUCUCUGCUUGCAACCUGUAAAGAUUCUAACACACCUAGCCAGCAGCAGAUGCAGAGGUAGACCCAGACCACACCCGCCAGAACAGAGCAGCAUCCCUCCCUCCUUCCGCUUCUUAUUUUCAAUUUUUUCUUUUUGAAUUUUCAUUAUUAAUAUAUAUAUAAUUUCAUAAAAUCCUUAUUUAAAUUUAAACCCCUCACUUCUGCUCCCCUCCUCCCCCACUUCAAGUUCUUGGAUUUUGGUUUUGAAAAGUUAAGCAGAAACCUCACUCCUCUCUCUCUCUCUCUCUUCCCCAAACUCUCUCCUUUUCCAUAUCUUUAUCUUCCCCAAUUGCAGAGUUCAAAAUUAGCAAUACCCACUCAGACUUCCUCAUAUAGCUCCCUUCCCUCCCUUCCUUCCUUUGCAAAUCUUUUAUCGUCUAAAGAGGAACAGUGUUGUUGAUGGAGAUCCUCUGACCCUGCAAGGACUCUGCUUUUAGACUGAUUACUCUGCUUCUCCAUCAUCAACCCUACAGACAAAGGAGAGGAGACAGAAGAGAGGAUAUGGGGAGGGCUGCGAGGUGGUUCAAGGGCUUACUGGGCAUGAAGAAAGAAAAAGACCCCCAAGCAGGCUUUUCGAGCUCCGUCUGCAGCGACAAGAAACCGGAGAAGCGGAGAUGGAGCAUCGGUAAAUCCGGGAAAGACCCUAAUGCCGCCGCUUCGAAUAUUCCAGCGAACAUCCCGAGAGGAUCCGACCCCGCAUGGCUCCGCUCAUACGUUGCCGAGACAGAUGAGGAGCAGAGCAAGCACGCCAUCGCCGUGGCUGCUGCAACUGCAGCGGCUGCGGAUGCAGCGGUUGCAGCUGCGCAGGCGGCGGUGGCGGUGGUGCGGCUGACGAGCCAGGGGAGGGGAGCGAUGUUCGGGGGCGGCCGCUGCAAUGGCAGUGGAAGAGAGCGGUCCGCUGCCGUCAAGAUUCAAACUGUCUUCCGGGGUUAUUUGGCCCGGAAAGCCCUGCGAGCCCUGAAAGGACUGGUCAAGCUACAAGCCCUCGUUCGAGGCUACCUCGUCCGAAAACGAGCUGCCGCGACUCUGCACAGUAUGCAAGCCCUCAUACGAGCCCAGGUGGCAGUCAGAUCCCAGCGGGUUAGCCGUUACCUCAAUAAAGAGAACCGGUUCCAACCGGAGAAUCGGCCCGGGAGAUCUAUAGCAAGGUUCGAUGAGACGAGGAGCGAGUUUCACAGCAAGAGACUGUCAGCUUCCUAUGACCCUCCAAUGAACGGGUUCGACGAGAGCCCGAAGAUUGUGGAGAUCGACACUAUUAAGCCCCGUUCGAGAUCCCGCCGUAUGAACAAUGUACUAGUUGAGUGCGGUGAAGAUUUUGCCUAUAAUGGAAUCUCUUCGCCUCUCCCGUAUCCCCUCCCUGCACGUCUCUCCGUUCCCGAAUCCCGUCAGUUGGAGGACUAUGAAUGGUACUACCCUGUAGAUGAGUGCAGGUUCUCGACUGCACAGAGCACUCCCCGUUUCGCAAAUUCUCUCCGGUCGAACACUCCGGCCACUCCAGCAAAGAGCGCAUGCGGGGACAGCUUUUUCCGGCCCUACUCAAACUUCCCCAACUACAUGUCCAGCACCCAGUCGUUCGAGGCCAAGUUGAGGUCCCACAGCGCCCCAAAGCAGAGGCCCGAGCACGAGCCAUUCGGUCCAAAGAAGAGGCUGUCACUCAACGAGAUCAUGGCAGCGAGGAACAGCAUCAGCGGUGUCCGAAUGCAGCGGUCGUGUUCUCACCUUCACGAGGUGUUGAAUUACUAAAUGUUCGGCAUCAGAGUUUAACUGACCCGACUUCAUGAGGUGUUGACUUACUAAAUGUUCGGCAUCGGAGUUUAACCGACUGGCCGAGAACAAAGUUGAACAGGAGAUAGGAGAGAUUUAGGAGCACAGCUUGAAAGUGUUGGCAGAGUGCAAAAUUUGGGUAAAUUCAAUUCUCUCAAACAGUUCUUGUUUAAUUUUCUUAUAUGAAUGAAAUAUGAGAUCUCCUCUUGAUUCA